AUGACAUCUGCUCGACCUGUGGAGAUUUCGCAAUUAGCACCGCUUCGGGUCAAGAAUCCUAGUGAUGAGACAGAUCUUGGGAACAACAAGAGCAUCAUACGACACAUCCUGCAGUACCAAAUAGAAAAUAAUCGCUUCGGUAGACUCCUAGGCGAUUUCUUGACCAUUGGACCCAGCGCCAUUAAGGUCUUUCGCAAUUGGCCCCGGGCCGCCAAAGAGAAUGAAGAGAUCAGCUACGAUCCUUGGGUCUCGUAUCACAAACACACUAGAGAGCGCAUCCUUGGGCCGAAACCAAUCUUCACAGAUGACUUAGAACUUGACGAGAGAGCGAACAUCCCGCAAAGGAUAUAUAGACAUCACCGGCCCGAAUUCCACCAGUUGUUGUUGGCCCAAGCACGCAAAGUUGGCAUUGAGGUCGAGUAUGGCCAGCGUGUGAUCGAGUAUCUCGAGGAUGCGGCAGCCAGAAAAGCGGGCGGGGGCAAGCUUGAAGCCGACCUUGUGGUUGCUGCUGACGGCGCGGGCACGAAGUCAUACAUUUUGACGAUGGGGGAGCAGGUUGAUGCGAAGGGCAGCGGAUACGCCAUUUACCGCACCGCAUAUCCUAUUGAGUUGGCUCUUGCGGACCCUCAAGUUGCCGAACACUUUAAGUUGCUCGAAAAUGGCCGCUCUGUUUUCGAGCUGUGGAUGGGAUAA